GAAAAAAUAAGUCUAAUGAGAUAUUCAUUUACUGUAUUUUUAUUGGAAAACAAGAAACAUGAUAUAAUAAAUUAUCUCGUUAUAUUAUAUAUAUAUAUACACCACCUCUCAUUAACCAAGAACAUUGUACCAAUCUAUUUCUUCAUCUCCUAAUCUCUUAUUCUCUGAUCUCCUUCCUCUUUAAACGCCACUAUCAAAAAAGACUUCAAGCACAAAAAAUUUCUCCAAUGUUACCCUCAUUUUUUUUUUUUUUCAUUUCAACCAUUUGACUUGUUCUUUUUUUCUAUUCAAUAAAUAAAGAUUUCAACUACAUUAUUAUUAUUCGCUUUUAUGAUUCUUUGACCAUUACCAUAUUUUCUUAAUAAAACAGCUAACUUUACGCUCCUAGAUUUGUCAUCAUCUAUUUCCAAGCUAACAUUUGUAACUUGUUUGUUACAAGUAUGACUAAUUUUUUUGUUCAAAAAGUUUGAUAAGUAAAACAGUAGUUGUCAAGCAAGUUAUUAAUCAAAAAUGUGUCAAAGUAAUAAUUCAUUGGUAUUACUGUUACUUCUAUGGAUCAUUGUAGCUGCCGGAGUGAGUCCGAAACCGGUGGCGGCCACGCAACGUCGAAUAUUGGUCGAUACAGAUGUUGAUACGGACGACUUGUUCGCGUUGCUUUACCUCUUGAAGCUCAACAGAUCAGAGUUUGACUUAAAGGCAGUGACAAUCAAUACAAACUCAUGGACGAAUGCUGGUCAUGCUGUAAAUCAAAUAUACGACUUAUUAUUUAUGAUGGGUCGUGACGAUAUUCCUGUUGGAGUUGGAGGUGAGGGUGGAAUUUCAGAACGUGGUACAAUUUCCCCUGAUGUUGGUGGAUACCUUCCUAUCAUCGAACAGGGCAUGACAACCGCAGGAUAUUGUCGAUAUAGGCAAGCCAUUCCUAUUGGUCAAGGUGGACGAUUGGACAUUGAUACAAAUUUUGGUCUUCGUAAAUCAUUUCUUCCCCAGGGAAGAAGAAGAUAUUUGCCUCUUCAUCAACCUUCAUCACAAGAAGUGAUGAUUGAUGUCAUAUCAAAAGGUCCAACUACUGUAUUUCUUAUUGGGGUACACACAAAUUUUGCCCUUUUUCUUAUGAGUAACCCCCUGCUAAAGAAGAAUGUUGAACACAUAUAUAUUAUGGGUGGAGGUGUGAGAUCAAAGAAUCCAACAGGUUGUUGCCCCAAAAAUGCUACCGCCUCGUGUAAGCCCGAGCAGUGUGGUGAUCAUGGUAACAUGUACACUGAUUAUACGAGUAACCCUUAUGCAGAGUUUAACAUGUUUGGAGAUCCUUUCGCCGCGUACCAGGUGGUUCACUCAGGAAUUCCGAUUACACUUGUGCCAUUAGAUGCAACAAACACAAUUCCCAUAACAAAACAAUUCUUUGAAGCAUUCGAGUCGAAUCAGAAGACCUAUGAGGCUCAAUAUUGCUUCAAGUCUUUGAAGUUUCAACGCGAUACCUGGUUUAAUGACCAAUUUUACUCAAGCUAUUUUAUGUGGGACUCUUUCAUGGCCGGUGUAGCAGUCUCGAUCAUGAGUACUCCAAAUAACACAAAUGGUGAAAAUGACUACGCCGAAAUGGAGUACAUGAGCAUAACUGUCCGUACUUCAAACAAGCCUUAUGGGGUAUUAGAUGGAUCAAAUCCUUUUUUUGAUGGACGUAAGACGCCAAAGUUUCACCUAGAGAAACAUGGGGUGCACAGUGGUCAUGUACAAAAGUCACUCCGAGAUCCUUUCUGUAUUGUCGAGAAUAAUAAAGGAAGAUGCAAGGAUGGCUAUACUGAGGAGGUAGGUCAUGGCGGUGUACGAGUUCUUGUUGCCACAAGAGCUAAGUCAAAUAAGGAUCCUGGUAGCCCUCUUGACAGAGAGUUCUUCAUAAACUUCUUGGAUGUUUUGAAUCGACCUAAACAAUCUGGAAGGUUCAACCUUACUACACAAUUUCCUCAUUACAAGGAAGUGUUUUAUACACCAGACUUGAGAGCUAAAAAGCUCGGAAAGCCUGUCAUUUUUGACAUGGAUAUGAGUCCAGGAGACUUCCUUGCUCUUUUCUACCUACUUAAAGUGCCAGUUGAAGUACUCGAUCUCCGAGCAAUAUUUGUAACUCCAACAGGGUGGGCAAAUGCUGCAACCAUAGAUGUUGUAUACGACGUAUUGCAUAUGAUGGGCCGAGAUGACAUUAAGGUAGGUCUAGGAGAUUCUUUUGCAAGAAACCAGUCAGAUGCUGUGAACUCUGCCGUUGGAGACUGCAAAUACGUGAAAGCAAUCCCUCAUGGGAGUGGUGGAUUUUUGGACUCUGACACCUUAUAUGGACUUGCAAGAGAUUUACCACGCAGUCCAAGAAGGUACACUGCAGAAAACUCUGUAAAAUUCGGAGCUCCACGUGAUACCGAUCAUCCUGAACUGCGGCAACCCCUAGCACUAGAGAUAUGGGAGAAUGUUACAAAUACAAUCAGUCAAAAGAGAAAGAUAACAAUAUUAACGAACGGACCAUUGACAACCUUAUCAAAAAUACUCUCUUUAGAUAAAAAUGCAGUGUCUAAAAUUCAGGAUGUGUUUGUUUUAGGAGGACACAUAAAUAUUAAUGGUACUUAUGGCAAAGGGAACCUGUUUACCAUGCCAUCAAACAAAUAUGCUGAAUUCAAUAUGUUUCUUGACCCUUUGUCUGCAAACAUGGUGAUUGAAUCCAAACUUCCUAUAACAUUGAUUCCAUUGGGAGCUCAGCGACAGGUUAGCUCGAUUCCUUCAUUCCUAAACAGGCUUUCUCGGGCAGAGAACACCCCAGAAGCACGGUUUACACACAGGCUUGUGUCGAAGCUGCUUAGCUUACAAAAACAAUAUCAAUAUCAACAUGUGGGUAUGUUUAUGGGGGAGAUCCUUGGUGCUGUAAUCUUGGCUGAUUUUUAUCCAUUUAUAAACUCGAGCUUCCAAGUUAAGCCGAUCAAAGUCCUUGCAACAGGCAGUGAAGAUACAGAUGGACAAAUGAUAAUAGAUGCUAAAAACGGAACACAAGUGAGAAUAUUAGAAAGUGUUAAUGAAAAGAAAUACUAUGAUUCAUUUGCAAAUCGAAUUGGUAAUAAGAACCAAUCUGCUGUGGUGGGAAGUUUUUCGGAACAGAGAAGAAUAUGGACUAGAGUACAUUAAGUGAAUGAAUUUGUAUAAUUUAUUAAAGAAACAUGUAUAAUUUGUACUGAAAUGCGAAGUCUAUAAUGCAAUGAGUACAAGAAAAGCAAAUA